UUAGUUUCUAGUUGUAAGUGGAAGUCAGUCUUCAGUUCUUAAAACAUAAAUGCAAAGUAUCUUCUUGUGCUUGAUUUUAAAGCCAGCAGUGCUGGUUCUCGAACUGAUGACUUUCCAAGUGAUCAUGGCUCUAUGUAUUUCUGCUGUCAUCAUGAAGGCUGCACCCUGUAUGCAGUGCAUCAUUGCUCUGAUGGCCUGUGUGGAUGGUACCUACCCCUUCUGUCAGUCGAGUCUCUCCAGAUGGUGUCCAUGUUGUCUCACUCAGUUCAAGAAUUGACGUAGAAUGAAGGGUAGAGCUCCACAACCACCACCACAGUCAGCUCCUCGGAAGCUCCUCACUGCUACACAGAACUGUAAAGCUUCACAAAGCCAGCAGAAUCCGAAAGACAUGAAAGAAAAUGUUUUGCCUGAAACUGUGGACCUAUUGGUUGUCUUACCAAAUGGUACAGAAACAUCUAUUGAAGUGAACAAAAGUAAAGCAGUGAUGGAUCUACUCAUUGAUUUGUGCAGCCAAUAUCAUUUAAAUCCAACUCAUCAUACACUUGAACUGCAAUCCAGAGAGACACACAAACCAUUAGGCUUCAAGCCAAAUACUGCUGUUGGGAUUUUGGAUGUAGACAAAGUGCUCAUAAAGCAGAAAGUUAUUGAGGAUAAGCCAAGAAGACCCCAGCCUGUAGUGCCUGAAAAAACUGUGAGGUUGAUUGUGAAUUUCCUAAGGACACAAAAAGCCGUGAUUCGUGUCAGUCCAUUAGUGCCUUUGCAAGAACUGUUACCAGUUAUAUGCGAAAAGUGUGACUUCAAUUUAGAUCACCUUGUGCUCUUGAAAGAUGGUAUCAGAAGGGAAAAGGUGGAUCUUUCAAAAUCACUGAAUGACUUGGAAACCAGAGAACUGUAUGCACUGGAUACCAGCAGAGACUUGAGUCAAAGUGCUUUAGCUAUCACUGACGUGAAGGGAAAAGAUGACAAGGGGUUAUUGGGCUUUCUGAAAAUUGGCAAAAAGAAAACAAAGAAAGGUGAACAGAUGAUUUUGGAGAAUAUUGAUUGUGAUGGUGAAUGUCUAACCCCAGAUGAAUGCCAGUCUAUUGACUAUUCAUCUCUUCCCUCCACACCAAAUGUAAAUCCACGAUCAGUUGCUUUGAAUCCAUCAUUAUCUGUUAACAAUGUUGCAAGGACGUUGGACGUAAAGAAACGGAGAGCGCCGGCCCCACCAUCAGCUUCUCCAGAGCAUACAAAUGUGAAACGUGUGGAGGACAGUGCACAAGAGAUUUGUACUGAAUCACUAAAUUCUAUGCAGAAGAAACGACGAGCUCCAGCCCCACCAUUGAUCCCAAAUAAAUUGGAAGGAGUAGAAUUUGAUCGAAGCAGUAACAUUGUGGAGAUGGGCUCAGAACAAGGUGGUAGAGUUGGUGAUAUUAUUAUGGAAGCAGAAACUAGAGAUGGAGAACGGACUACAUCCAUUAAAACUAAUGAUAAUUUUCAGCAAAGGUGCUCAAAUUACACUCUGCCAUCAGAAGAUGAACUGUUGAACUCUGAUGAUGCUAGGACUGUAAUCUCCCAGUCUGCUAUGUUCUCCACACACACUGGCAGCAUCAGCUUGAGAAACAAAACUGAAAAAGAUGAAAUUCUGGGACCCCCAGAUAACAUAUAUGGUACAAAAGAACAUGCAGCAUGGAACGAUGUUCAGGCAUCCUCGAAUGAUAAAGGAACUCCUUUUGGAGAUAAAAACGUCAGAUAUGAAACUGCCGCAUAUGAUGAAUCUAACUGGAAAGAGGAAGAUAUUGCAGCACAGGUGAAUCUUACAUUGGUUGGACUGGAUGCAGAACUGACAGCUAUUCAAGAAGAAUUGGCCAACAAAAGAUCUUCUACGAUGUCUGACAGAACAGUUGAUGAACAGGAAACUAUUCCAGUGACAAUCAUUGAUGAAGUACCAUGGACUUGCCAAGAGACAGGUGAAGAGAAGAUAUUUCUGGAAAAAAACCCCACACCUUCAAAAGUUGGAGAAUUAUCUAAUGCAGACAGGGAUGUGGAAUUUAACUCAAAAAUAACAACUGGAAUUUUCGUAACCAAUACUUGUGAGCUGCCACCUUCUGAAAUUUCAUCUAAAGCAUCCGAUGCUUCAAAUGUGUUCCAUUGUACAGAUGUGUCAAGUGAGCCCAUCAAUAAAACAAUAGAAAAUUUGCACACAGAGAUUAAAGCUGUUCAGGAUGAUAUAAAGCCAGGGGAAAAUAAAUUGAAAACUGCUUUCAUUACAACCGAACUGGAGUAUGAUAUGCAAGCUAGAGAGAAUGGUAGACAGAAAGUACACAGCAUUAUACCUGCAGAGGCUGACACAGUAGCAUUGCAAAAUAGAAAAUGCCAAUUAAAACAUGGGAGGCAAGUUGAGAGGUUUUCAGCAGCAAUUCAUUCUCCACAACACAUACUUACAUCUGACAGAUGGCUAAUCACUGCCAACAAACAUACUAAUGAACAUUUUCCAAAAAAAGGUAGGAGAACGUUCACAGUUAUUCCACCAAAGCCAAUUGUACAACCUCAGCAAGGAGAUAACUUGUCACCAAAAAUAUCUACAAUCAAGAUUGAUGAUCAGGGCAAUGCAAUGAUCAAUGAAAUGAAAAGUAAAGAGACGGCAGCAAACAGUUCAGCCAAGGAAUCACUUGUAGGGAGGACAAAGGCAUUUUGGAAUGUGAAAAGUAUAGAUAAGGAUAAUAUGCAGUGUGCCAAUCCAGAUAAAACUGUGACAUUAAAUAAAUCAGAAUUCACAGCUGGUGAGUUACAGCUACAAGAGCCAGAAAAACAAUUAACGAAUAUUUUCCCUACGUCUAAUGCAUCUGCAACUUACACAGUAUCUGCAACUACCAAGAAAAUUGAAAAGUAUCCACAACGCAAUAAAGAAUCAGUUAUGCCAUUAAAUGUUAAAAACACAAGUGUACCAGUAAGUAACCAGCCUAAAGUAACAAGCAAUUUUGUCAGUCCUUGCAGACGAACCUCAAGCCAAUAUGUUGCCUUAGCAAUUUCCCAUUACACAGGACUACAAUUAACCAACACUGAAACUAGUAGUGAGUCUAAAGCUCAGACUGGUACCAGAUUUGAUGGUAAAUCUGAUGACAAAGAUAAAUUCAGACCUGCUCAGGAGAAGUCUUCUCCAAAGUCUUCAAAGAGAAAUUGCAUUGGAAGCCAUCUGAAAACAGAGUUUGCACUUUAUUCCCACUGUAACACAGAUAAUGCUACAAAAGGGCGCAACAAAACAAAUGUUUUGCUACAGAAAAGUGCUGAUACUAAAGCUGUUCCAAAUCAGAACCAAUUAAUUAAGUAUACAUCAGAACAAAUGAAUGCUUUUAAUGAAAUUACUUCCCAAUCACAACAGUCCCAGUUAAUCAUAAAGGAAUGUGUUUCCACUAACGAGCAAUGCACUACUGCAAAAAGUCUGAUUCCACAAACUACAUUCCAAUCAUCUCUUCUGACAGAUGGGAUUUCCAGUGUUCCAAGUGAUCAAACAAUUAACAUGACCGAUACUCUUAAGUUCACUCCAGCUUCAACUUCAUUUUCAGACUCUGUUAAAACUCAUUCUACUAAAGCAAGGGAGAGUGACAGCAUCUCAAAUAAUCAUUCUGCCUCAAAUCUGCAAACAUCCGCUGUUCCUGCAAAAGCAACAGAGGAUGCUGGCAUCUCAGAACAUUCAUCAGACUUUUACAAAAAUACUAUCAAACCAAAUACCAACAUGUUUGGCCCUGUCAAGAAAUUCAAACCCAUUAUUCAGAAGCCAGUUAAGGAAGAUGAGUGCAUACAUAGUUCUCUGAUGAAAGAUAUCCAGUCGGGACAAAAUAAGGAACGACUUAGAAAGACAUCCAAUAAAGUAAUGCACAGCAACCAGAACAAAUCUUCAAUGACUGUAAUAGAGAAUGAACACUCUGCACUCUUGUCAUCAAUAAGAGCACACAGUGGUACUUCAAAACUGAAAAAGACAACUUCCACAGCUUCUAAAGAAAUACAGGACACAAAAAAUGAUGCAUCUUCUACAUCAACAAAGGAAUAUUUUCAAACAAGACAACCAGAACUACAAUCUCCUUCCCCUCCUCCUCCACCACCUCCAUUGGCUUCAAAUUUUACAAAAACUGGAAAGUUUUCAACCACAUCUUUUCUUAAUCAAGGAGAUGCACGAACUGCAUUAUUGAAGGCAAUUCAGUCUGGAACUGGUGCAGCACGUUUAAGAAAGGUCUCUGUUCCCUCAAAUACAAAGCAAAUUGAUGGAAGAACAAGUUCCAUACACAUAUCAAACUCCUGGACUCCUUCCAUUUCUUCUUGAAUAACUGAAAAUAAUUGUGGCAUUGUGGUAAUUAAACAUAUGUCACGGAAGAAGGAAGAAAACAAAUGUUUGCACAAAUAUUUUUGACAAAUCAUUUAGCUGGCUCUGAUAUUUAUGUCAUCAAAUGCACAGAUUUGGUCAAACUAAACUCAUCAAAAUUAAACAUUUAAUUCAACUGUACUAGUAUAUUACUAACUGUAUGCUAAAGGGCCCUUGAAAGUGACAAAGUAUCUUUUCUCAUACAUCGUAAGUAUUCUAGAACUUACGAACUAGUUUUGAAUCUGAAGCUUUCAGAAUACUUUUGAACAUAUGUUAGGACCAGCAGUGCCAACAAUAUGUUCUUCCCUUAAUCUUGCAGGUGAAGCACUGCUUUACCAAGUAUCUAAUGAAACAAUUAAAUACAUUUUGUAAUGAUAUAUUUGGCCUUCUUACCUUGACAAUAACUCUUCUCAUUUAACAAAAAAAAUCAGAAUCUACUACUGUUGAAUUGUUAGUUGGAAUAUGUAUCCUUAGUCCCCACCAAGAAAAUCAGCAAUUUAGUGGUAUAUCUUUUUGUACUUUUAAAACAUAAUGUUGUCCUUCUUUGUACUUGCCACCAAAUUCACAGAUGAAUUGCUAAUGAAAACUUGAGAAACAUGAUUAUGAUUUAAUAGUUGUUGAAGAGAAAAUUAUGUAACAUUUAUUUCUGUUUAAUGUCUAUAUACAAAUUGUGCCAUAGCUAAAAUUUGGCAAGAUUGCUGAGAUGUGCAUUUACUUAAGUAGUACCAAAUUUUAUGUAAAAAUCAUAAGUAAGAUAUAUGUAAACCAAAAUACAGCACUACGUUAAUACUCUGCAAAUGAUAAAAUAAAAUUGCCAUAAGUCGUUCUUCA